UAUAUUUUUAUAUAUAUUGGAUGAGAGAAGAGGAGAAGAUAUGCAAUUGCACUUAGCGACAAAUAGUAAGCAAUGGCUCAUUUAGUAUAUACUGGGUUUUUGGCGCUGCUCUUAUGUGCAUGUCUAUAUGAAGCUACAGAGGUGGAGCAUCAUGGACAUCAAAGUGGAGGAUAUGUACCAGGGACAAUUUAUCCUUCAGAAGUAGACUUGCUUGAGUUUCCUCUAAACUUGGAGUAUUUGGAGGCCGAGUUCUUUCUUUUUGGGUCUCUUGGCUAUGGACUGGAUAGAGCUGCACCAGAGCUGCCAGAUGGCGGACCUCCACCCGUUGGAGGCAAGAAAGCUAAUCUCGAUUCUGUCACCUACAAUGUAAUACUUGAAUUUGCUUACCAGGAAGUUGGUCAUCUAAGGGCCAUCAAGGCAACUGUACCGGGCUUUCCUCGACCUCAACUGAAUCUGAGUGCUCAGUUUUUUGCCACCGCAAUGGAUGCUGCAUUCGAGACCAAGUUGAAUCCUCCAUUCGAUCCAUAUGCCAACUCUCUAAAUUAUCUGCUUGCCAGUUAUUUGGUUCCUUAUGUUGGACUCACUGGCUACGUGGGCACCAAUCCACGCCUCCAAUCUAAAACUGCAAAGCGGCUUCUGGCAGGGCUUCUUGGAGUGGAAUCCGGGCAGGAUGCAGUGAUACGUGCCUUGUUAUUCGAGAGUUUGCUGGAGAAGGUGGAGCCAUAUCCAUACACAGUGGCAGAAUUCACACGCAGGAUUUCCAUGCUGAGAAACUCGCUCGGGCAAACUCCGAGUGUGGACGAAGGUCUGGUGGUGGAAAGACAACAUGGAGCAGAAGGAAGGGUGACGGGAAACAUUCUUGCAGGUGAUGAGCGCUCGGUGGCGUAUGCACGAACCCCUGAACAAAUCCUGAGGAUCGUUUAUUCCACUGGCAAUGAGUCGAUUCCCGGAGGAAUCUACCCUCGUGGUGGGAAUGGAAGGAUUGCUCGCUCCUACUUAGAAAUAAACUGUGUGUGAAUCCCCCACAUAUAUAACCCUCCAUUCUGUUGGAAUAAGUCAAUAACAGAGUUUGUACAGCUUCAAAAGAGUUCUAAUUUUGCAUCAUAGUUAGCUGUUAAUAAAAUUCCAGUAAUUGUGUACCUUUACUGUUUGUUGGCAAUAACUUGUAUGUGUUGUCAAAGUCUUUUUAGAUUAAUACAAAGAUUGAUAGAGAUUUAUCUA